AUGAUCCCAAAAAUAGCUUCUGCGUGGUGUAUUGUUUCUGACGCUGAAUUGAGCAGUGGAUUUCAGGAUCAAGGAAAGUUUGCAUUAACUUAUGAAGCAACUACGACACGAUUAUUCCGUGAAGGACGUACAGAAACUGUACGUUCAUGUACUAUACACAGUUGUGAGUUCGUGCGAGCAAUGCUCGAUCCGCUUCAAUCAGUACGUUACAGACUGAGGUUGCUUCGUAUUGCUUGCAGUUAUCAUCAGCAGCUCUAUCGUGAUGCGAUGUCUGGCAGAGGUGUCGAUCGUCAUCUGUUCGCCUUUAAGCGAACUCGCAGUGUGAGUAGAAAGGAUUUUUUGUGCGGGAAAGCAGUUCACAGAAUUCUCCUUUUCAGAUAUAUUGUUAUGCGUUAUUUGGAACUAAAGUCACCAUUUCUUGAGCGCAUAUUUCCGCCCACUUUUCUACUUUCAACAAGUCAGACACCGAUGAAUCAAUGUGAAGAAGAAAUGAAAAGCAUCGAUGCAGCGCUAAAGCUAAAGAUCGUCACGGCAGGCGGUGGUUUUGGCCCGGUAGCAGAUCGUGGCUAUGGUGUUUCUUAUAUAAUUGUUGGAGAAGAUCGACUUUUUUUCCAUAUUUCGUCGAAAAAAUCCGCUGAGAAUACGGUAUGCCUAAAUAUUUUCCUUCUUCAUGCUCAUAUUAGUAGGGUUGUUUAA